ACAGUUAAACACUAGCAAGAACAACAAAAACAGAAAUGGGUGCCAAUAGUAACGCCAGCUCCGAGGAGUCCUUUGUGAAGCUGCCAACUAUAAAGUUCACCAAGCUCUUCAUCAAUGGAGAGUUCGUGGAUUCUGUUUCAGGUAAAACAUUUGAGACAAUCGAUCCAAGAACAGGGGAGGUGAUAACCAGAGUUGCAGAGGGAGAUAAGGAAGACGUGGAUUUGGCAGUCAAAGCUGCAAGAGCCGCCUUUGACCAUGGCACCUGGCCUCGUUUGCCCGGCAUUGAGAGGAGAAGGAUCAUGAUGAAGUUUGCAGACUUGAUUGAUGAACAUGCAGAAGAACUAGCCAAAUUGGAUACAGUUGAUGCUGGGAAGUUGUUCAGUAUGGGCAUAGCCAUAGACAUACCUCAGGCAGCACAGACCUUCCGUUACUAUGCGGGUGCAGCUGAUAAAAUUCACGGAAAUGUGCUCAAAAUGUCGACUGAGCUUCAAGCUUAUACUUUACUCGAACCAGUUGGUGUUGUUGGACACAUCAUUCCAUGGAAUUUUCCAUGCGGCAUGUUAUCUUUUAAGGUCGCUCCUUCCUUAGCUGCUGGUUGCACCAUGGUCAUCAAACCGGCUGAGCAGACACCUCUUUCGGCUCUCUAUUUGGCUCAUCUGGCCCAGCUGGCUGGUGUUCCUGAUGGAGUGAUCAAUGUCGUAAAUGGAUUUGGAGAGACUGCUGGUGCGGCCGUCAGUUAUCAUAUGGACAUUGACAAAGUCAGUUUUACUGGUUCUACAGACGUAGGCCGUCUAGUGAUGCAGGCUGCAGCAAAGAGCAACUUAAAAUCAGUUUCACUUGAACUAGGCGGCAAGUCACCCCUUGUAAUCUUUGAUGAUGCUGAUGUAGAUAAGGCUGCUGACCUUGCUCUCUUGGGGAUCCUCUUCAACAAGGGAGAAACUUGCGUGGCAAGUUCUCGUGUUUUAGUUCAAGAAGGGAUUCAUGAUGAACUAGUGAAGAAGCUGAAAGAGAAGGCAAAAUAUUGGACUGUUGGGGAUCCUUUUGAUCCUAAUGUUCGUCAAGGACCCCAGGUUUGUAGGCAGCAGUUUGAGAGAGUUUUAACCUACAUUGAGCAUGGAAAAAGAGAAGGAGCCACUUUGCUAACAGGAGGCAAGCCUGUGGGCAACAAGGGUUACUACAUUGAGCCAACAGUGUUCACAGAUGUCAAGGAUGACAUGAUGAUAGCCAAGGAUGAAAUAUUCGGACCUGUAAUGUCUGUGAUGAAGUUCAAGACCAUAGAAGAGGCCAUACAGAGAGCCAACAACACCAAAUAUGGCCUAGCAGCAGGCAUUGUAACCAAGAACAUCGACAUUGCCAACACCGUCUCAAGGUCAAUCCGCGCCGGUGCCAUAUGGAUCAACUGCUACCUCGCCGCCGACAACGACGCCCCUUUUGGUGGAUACAAGAUGAGUGGCUUUGGAAAAGACAUGGGUAUGGAAGGCCUCCACAAGUAUAUGCAUAUCAAAUCAGUGGUCACUCCAAUCUACAACUCUCCCUGGCUCUAAAUUUACUCUGUUUUUGUGUUGUAAAAUAAGUCUAGCUCUAUCAUCAUAGAUGGGUUAGCAGAGGCAUUUCAUCAAACAUGUAAUAGGCACAAUUGGUAUGCAUAAUAAAACUAGAGCCAAAUCCAGAAAUUGAUUUCAACAACAGCAUCAGAGUUC